AUCGGAAAUGGAAUAAGAUAAACUAUUUACGUAGAAAGAAAAUGUAAAUUACCUAAAUCUGAAAGAUAACAGGGGUAUAAAAGCUGAGAGGUGAGAAGGAAGGUCAGAUACAGGUAGGCUGGAGUCCCACAUCAAUCAUUACUGGAGACUGGAUACAGACAGCAAUGGAAUCAGAAGAGUACAGGAGGAGAGGGAAAGAAUUAGUGGAUUAUAUCUGCCAGUAUCUCACCACAGUGAGAGAGAGACGGGUGAACCCAGAUGUUCAGCCUGGCUACAUGAGAGCUCUUCUACCCGACUGUGCUCCAAUGGAGUCUGAAAGCUGGGACAGUAUUUUCAGAGACAUUGAGGACAUCAUCAUGCCGGGGGUGGUCCAUUGGCAGAGUCCUCAUAUGCAUGCCUACUUCCCAGCUCUUACCUCCUGGCCUUCUCUGCUUGGAGACAUGCUCGCUGAUGCUAUUAACUGCUUGGGAUUUACAUGGGCCUCCAGUCCUGCUUGCACGGAGCUGGAGAUGAAUGUGAUGGAUUGGUUGGCUAAAAUGCUGGGUCUUCCUCGUCAUUUUCUUCAUCAUUGUCCAAACAGCAAAGGGGGAGGGGUACUACAGAGCACAGUCAGCGAAUCGACCUUGAUAGCUUUGCUAGCAGCCAGGAAGAAUAAGAUUCUGGAGAUGAAAACCUCAGAACCCGACACUGAUGAUUCCCAGCUGAAUUCCCGUCUGAUCGCCUAUGCGUCUGAUCAGGCUCAUUCCUCCGUAGAGAAGGCCGGUUUGAUUUCAUUAGUGAAAGUUCGUUUUUUGCCAGUGGAUGAGAACUUUUCACUACGAGGUGAAACCUUGAAAGCUGCGGUGGACGAAGACAGAAAACGAGGCCUUGUCCCUGUCUUUGUUUGUGCGACUUUGGGUACCACUGGCGUGUGCGCUUUUGACAGUCUGGCAGAGCUAGGUCCCGUUUGUGCCAGAGAGAGAUUGUGGCUUCACAUCGAUGCUGCAUAUGCAGGUACUGCCUUCUUGUGCCCAGAGUUCAGGAUGUUGCUUAGCGGAGUGGAAUAUGCCGAUUCUUUCACAUUUAAUCCAUCCAAGUGGAUGAUGGUCCAUUUCGACUGCACUGCAUUCUGGGUAAAAGACAAAUACAAACUACAGCAAACAUUCAGUGUAAAUCCCAUCUACCUCAGGCAUGCGAAUACUGGAGCAGCAACUGACUUCAUGCACUGGCAGAUUCCCCUUAGUCGUCGCUUUCGCUCUCUGAAGCUUUGGUUUGUCAUUCGGUCCUUUGGAAUUAAAAAUCUUCAGGCACACAUUAGACACGGCACUGAAAUGGCCAAGUAUUUUGAAUCUUUGGUUAAAAGUGAUCAGUUGUUUGAAGUUCCUGCCAAGAGACACAUGGGACUGGUUGUGUUUCGAAUAAAGGGUCCAAACUUUCUAACUGAAGAAGUCUUAACUGAAUUGACAAAGUCUGGAAAUAUGUUUCUUGUCCCAGCAACUCUCCGUGACAAGCUCAUCAUUCGUUUUACUGUCACCUCGCAAUUUACAACUAAGGAAGACAUUCUGAGGGACUGGAAACUCAUCCAAGAGACUGCUAUUCAUGUCAUCAGACGUCAUCAGAAUAAUCCCACCAUCAAAAACGGUAUUUCUAAUAAUACCACCACUGUACCAAACCUAUACAUUAACGAUAAAGAGGAUGAGGAGAUUACUGUUCAGCCAAAGCAUGAAGCCUAUAGCCCCAAAGACUGGGUUGAACAGAUUUCUGAAGAUGAUCUGGAUCCAUUUGAUGAUUGUUUCCCAAAUAAUGUACCGGUAGCUAGCAAGCACAGGCCAACGUCCUUUAUGUAUAAGUAUUGGUCCAUCCAAGAAAAGAAAAAGACCACUCGUUCCCUCAGCUGCAACAGUGUGCCAGUUCACACUCCAAGGGAAGUAAUGGGCGAAAAGCUGGUGUCGCAAGAUGUACUUCAAAAGGAUGGUAGUAUACUUUCCACACUGCCUGGCAAAGUCAUGAUUCUUGAAAAAAAUGCCUUUAGGAAAUUAAUCAAGUUUUACAGUGUACCAAGCUUUCCAGAAUUCAGCAUUCAGUGUGGUCUAAAGCUGCCCUGCUGUCCACUGCAAGCACUAGUGUAACGUAAAAUGCAUAUCAAUGUAUCUGUUUCAAUACGCUGUAGAGCUAUAUUCCUGCUACAGGGAAAUAUUUCUGCUUUAUUAAGUGUAGAGCUAGCAACUUUCAACCCAUGGGGUAAUCCGACAUCAUAUACACAAUGAAAGCACACC